CUACACCAGAACAGAGAGACUGGCUUUUAUCAUUCAGGAAAGAUGGUAGUGACUUACUUUUGGCCUUUAUUAAAUGUUGUAUCAUGAAUGACUCCCAGACAAAGUAUGUACGCAGAAACAAAUCUAAAAUGAUUAAUUUUGAUUCUAAAAAUUGCAAACCUAGUGCCAGUUCAUUUAAAGACUUACUGAAAGACCAAACACGCAUAUCAUUUUGUUUGCAGCGCCAAUUAACACAUGCAAAAUAUACAGGCAAGCCUAUUGAAAAAAUUAAGAUGCCUUUCAAAUAUCCUUUAAGUAUUUCUGUUGUUCAGCGUGAUAGUAGUGGUAAGAUAACUGAUGUUUUGCCAUUUCACAAUUCAAAAGCUAAUACUACAUCAUUUUUCGAAAAUAGAUAUAAGGACUCCUUGGACAGUAUAUUAUAUUAUUCAAAU